AUGUGGUUAUGCAAAUCCGGGACCUAUAGCACAUUAUGUCUCGUCCUCUCUACCUUCAGCGCGGAAAAGGAAGAGGACGAGGUCGUGGUGAUGGGCAUAAAUCAAAUGGACCUGACCGUUCAUUACCCCACGAGGGCAGUAAGAAGCAACCAAAUCAAGCAACAGUGAAAGGGAAAGAACAAACUGCAUUGCAAGCAUCAGAAGAGAGGAGAGCGCAGGCUUCUGCAAUUUUCGAGCGUACACGUCAGAUUGCGUGGGAAAAUGAGAGAGACGGGAGGUCGUCUUCGGAAGAAGAAGACAAUGGGCUUGAUGAUGAAAAACUUUUUUCGACUAGUCUCAAGUCGUACAGCACUUUAUUCAAUGAUGGCAAUGGAAGAGAUGAGUCUAGUAGUGGUCUGAGACGGACUAAGAAUUUAUUCAAUGACAUUUGUAAGAGUGGAGCUCUUUCGUGCCUGAUCUGCAUCUCAUCAGUCAGACAAAAUGAUGCCAUUUGGCAUUGUGUCGGCUGUUACAGCAUUUUCCACCUUCAGUGCAUCCAAAAGUGGGCUAAAGAUGGAGCCAGUCUUAACUCAGUCCAAAUGCCAUCUCUGGCUGAAGCUGCAUCCAUGACUGGUGUCACUCACAAGGAAGAACAGCAUUGGUUUUGUCCUAAAUGUCGCUAUGAAUUCAGUGUUACCGAAUGUCCGACUCAUUAUGUUUGUUUCUGUGGGAAGGAGGUUGAUCCAAAGUUUGAUCCGUGGCUGGUACCCCACUCAUGUGGACAGACAUGUGGGAGAGCCCUAAGACCAGAGUGUGGACACUCGUGUGUACUGCUGUGUCACCCGGGACCCUGUCCACCGUGCCCUCAAGUUGUCAAGUGGAAAUGUUACUGUGGUCGAGAGGCACCCGUAAUGAAACGAUGCUCGUCACGAGACUGGUCAUGUGGAAAGCCAUGCGGCUGUCUGCUUUCUUGUGGACAGCAUCAUUGUCAACAGCCGUGCCAUCAAGGACGUUGUCUCACUUGUCCGAGACAAAGUAAGCAGUCUUGCUUGUGUGGCAAAGAAAUUGCAGUCCGUCUUUGUGCCGAUGCUGUUUGGCAGUGUAGCUUGGUUUGUGGCAAAAUUUACUCUUGUGGAAAUCACAAAUGUGAAAAGGUUUGCCACAGCGAUGAUUGUGGACCAUGCCCACGGUCUCUUGAAAGAACAUGUCCAUGUGGAAAGACAAGAGUCAUUUUGCCCUGCACAGAAGAUGUUUCUUCAUGUGGUGACACGUGCAGCAAGAAAUUGCCAUGUGGUACUCAUCGAUGUAUGCAGCUUUGUCAUUCUGGCUCGUGUGGUCUGUGUCGUCAGAUGGUAACAAAAACAUGUCGAUGUGGUCGGAAGGAAAAGAAAGUUCAGUGUCAUCAGGAAUACACGUGUGAGAUAAAAUGUGACCGGAAACGAGACUGUCAGAGACACCAGUGCAAAAGGAAGUGCUGUGAUGGAAGCUGUCCACCUUGUGAACAGCCCUGCAGUCGAACCCUCAAUUGUCGAAAUCACAAAUGUGCCUCUAGAUGUCACAGUGGACUUUGCUAUCCAUGCAUUGGGACAGUAGAUAUAUCCUGCAACUGUGGAGCAACUGUUCUUACAGUUUCUUGUGGUAGAGAGAGAAGGACAAAACCACCUAAAUGCAAAGAAUUAUGCAGACGAUCGCCCGACUGCCAUCACGUUGCUCGACGGCCACAUUUAUGCCACUUCAAGAAAUGUCCACCUUGCACCCAGGUGUGCAACAAACCUCUACCUGGUUGUGUUCAUCACUGCCCUAUGGCUUGCCAUGAUGCUGUAAAAAAUCCAUCUGCAAAGCGACUUGUAGUUCAUGCACCAUGGGAAAAAAGCACUGAAAUUGUUGAUGCACUUGUUGCCUUGCCUUGUCCACCUUGUAAUGUUCCUGUAUUAGUUGUGUGCUUUGGGCAGCAUCAGACACGAAGCAUAGCAUGCAUCAUGUCAAAGCCUUUCUCGUGUGGUUGUCCGUGUGACAGACUUCUUUCGUGCUCUAAUCACAAAUGUGAAUUAGAGUGUCACACUGUAACGGGCGUCGUAGGACGGAACCAGGCAGGAAAGGAGUGUGAAGAUUGCAAGAGGUUUUGUGAAAAAUCAAGGCCAACUGGAUGCAGACAUAAUUGUCCGUUGUUGUGCCACCCAGGUGAUUGUCCUUUAUGUAAGGAGAGGUUGAGACUACCUUGUCACUGUAAAAGCUCUAAUCUCUUCAUUGAAUGCAGUGAAUGGACAUCAGCUGGGGAAGAAAAGCGAAAAGAAAUGUUGUCUUGUCUAGGACAGUGUCCAAAACAGCUCUCUUGUGGACAUAGAUGUCCAAUAAAAUGUCACUUUGGAUCAUGUCCCAGUGAGCAACAAUGUGAGAGAAAGACCACAAUUCGUUGUACUUGCAGAAGACGAAAGAAGGAUGUUCCCUGUCAUGAGUUCCAGACGGGUACGGCCAUUCUUAACUGUGAUGAUAAAUGUCAAGAAGCAAAGAAGCAGACAGCGAAAGAAAAGGCUGAGUCUGUGAGACAGAAGGAAGAUGAAGAACGACGGCAUCAACAGCAAGAGCUGGCAGAGUUUCAACGUAAACUUGAGGGUAGACGUCGAAAGCGUAAGGAAGUGGUGACUACUGAUGCGGUUGAACUUCCAUGGUGGAGGCGACAAACAGGGUUAACAGUCGGCAUCUCUGUGUUGUUUGUAAUCAUCUCUUUGGUACUGUACAUGUACACCUCCCAGUAGACCAAUGAUUUGACUCGAGUUGAAGGUAUUGUUGGUGGUGUUAGACAUAUUGUUGUUGUUACCUGAAAUUGGUCCAACAUGCUCUUGCUUGGAGUAAGCAUA